AGUAACACCUUGAGAGGUGCAUCGUCUCAUGCAUGUCGACGUCUUCAUGGUCGCUUCAUUUUUUAAAGGAUGAAGCAUGUGAAGAUCGUACAUCUGCCGCUGGUCUUUGCUUUCCUGCACGCCUGCUUUGGACAAGCAGACUUUGCCCCUUACUUCUUCGACAAUGGACCGUACAGCCACAGCGGGAACAUGGCCCUGUUCAGUCUCUCAGAGGACACACCUGUUGGUACACAAAUCUAUUGCCUUAAUGGCACCGACCCAGAGGGCCAGGAGGUGAGCUACGGCCUCUCCUUCGACCCAGGCUCCAAGGAGUACUUCAGAGUCAACCCCGAGACAGGAAACAUCACCUUAGUGGAAAAGCUCGACAGAGAAAAACAAGAUUCUUUCGAUGUUCUGGUCAGCAUCACGGACGGGAAAAGCGAGGUUGUGGAAAGAGUGACGAUAUUUGUGAUGGACGCGAACGAUGAGAAACCCGAACUCCACAACAUGCCUGCAAUCAUUGACGUACUGGAGACGACAGAAUCCGGACACAGCAUCUUCAAAGCGGCGGCAGUGGACAGAGACACGGGCUCAGGGGGCUCGGUCACCUACUACCUCCUGAAUGCACAUUCCAGUUUGUUUACGAUUGACAGACACAGCGGAGUUAUUCGCAUCAAGCCUGAGGAGACGCUGGACUAUGAGAAAACAAAGACACAUUUUGUCACUGUCAUUGCAAAGGAUGGGGGAGGUAAUUUCAAUGACAAAGAGCAGUUUUUGUCCUCCUCUGCGACCCUGACAAUUAAUGUGAUAGACGAACAGGACACGCCGCCAUCUUUUAUCGGCACGCCUUACUUUGGCUACGUUUACGAAGUGUCGACGCCGGGUUCUGAGAUAUUCACAGUUGUGGCCAAAGAUGGGGAUGUGGGGAACCCAAAUCCAAUUCGUUAUUCUUUCGACGAGGGGGAUGAUGGAGUUUUUAGCAUCAACGAGACAAGUGGCCUCAUCACCCUGCUGACAAGUCCCAUUUAUCUCAAGAGAGAAAUCUUUAACAUUAAAGUCAAGGCAUCCGAAGUGAGUCCAAGAGGCAGACUCCUGGACUACGGGGUGACCACGGUGGUGAUCCGUGUGGUGGACCUGAAUAACAACCCGCCGACUUUCUACGGUGAGAACGGCACCCAAAGCAUGUUUGAGCUGACCAUGUACGAGCACCCCCCGGAAGGGGAGAUACUCCGGGGGCUGAAAAUCACAGUGAAUGACUCCGAUCAGGGAGCCAAUGCAAAAUUCAACCUGAAGCUGAUCGGGCCUGGAAGGAUGCUGCGAGUGGUCCCACAGACGGUACUGAACGAGGCCCAAGUCACGAUAUUGGUGGAAGAUUCUGCAGCCAUGGAUUACGAGAAACACCACUUCCUCACUUACAAGCUCCUUGCUGUUGAGGUCGACACGCCGGAGAGGUUCAGCUCCACGGCCGACAUCGUCAUCCAUCUCCUGGACACCAAUGACAACGCGCCCAAAUUCUCCUCAGACUACUACAUCGCCAGAAUCCCAGAGAAUUCACCUGGCGGCUCCAACGUUGUGUCAGUCCUGGCAAUAGACCCGGACUCUGGACCAUGGGGUGACGUGAAGUACUCCAUCUAUGGAUCUGGUGCUGAUUUGUUCUUGAUCCAGCCUUUAACUGGCAUCAUCUAUACACAGCCGUGGGCCAGCCUGGAUGCAGAAGUGAGGUCCAAGUACAACUUCUACGUCAAGGCAGAGGACUCUGAAGGCAAGUACAGCCUGGCUGAGGUCUUCGUCACCGUGUUGGACCUGAACGACCACCCGCCUGCUUUCAACGAUAACUUCCUGGAGAAGACCAUGGUGAUAGGAGCUCCAGUUAAAAUCGAGGCUGUUGAUGAGGACGCAGAGGUGCCCAACAACGUUAUAGAGUACGCCAUCAUGAAAGCUGACCCGGACAACAACAUCUUUGAUAUCGACUGCGACACCGGCGAGAUCAACCUAAAGUCUUAUAUCAAGUCCAUGGCCAUCAUUCAGAACAUCACCAAGCAGAAAGACUGCACCUGGUCCCUCGUGGUCCAGGCCCGGGACCGAGGACAGCCGUCGUUCAGCACCACCGCCGUGGUCAAGAUAGACAUCACCGAAGCUACCCAACUCAAGGGGGGGCCGUUGGGAUCGUUUUUAAUGCACAAUAGAAACAAGCCCUUGCAAAUCGUAGGCAUGCUGGCAGGCGUCAUUAGUUUAAUGGUCAUAGUCACGGUCAUCAUCUCCACCGUCACCUUCGUGCGCAACAAAAAGUCCAACCGGGUUCUGCCCAACCGCCGCGUGAGGAGGAGGCCCCGCAACCAGAACCCCUGGACCCUCAAGAACCCCUUCAGGACACCAGGGAACCCCGAGGAGAAGUUCCAAGCGCAGGGGGAGGAAGAGCCGGAAGCCGGGGACACGACGGAGAACGUCAACCACAACAACAACGUCACCAACGUCGUCAGGUACUGGCCGCCGCCGCCUGCGCUUCCCUGCGCCCCCUCGCUCCCGCCCCCGCCGCCGCCUUACAUCCCGGGGGAGAGGAGGUGGGUGGUGCCCACGGUGGCGGCCACGGUGGCGGCACGGCCCAAGAAGAAGUCAGUGGUGUCGGGUCAGGACACGGUCAACAAGGCGCUGGUGUCAGAACUCAAAAUGAGACUGGAGCAGAAGAGGUUGCUCAAUCAUUUAUAAUGUGUGUGUGUGUGGGUGGGUGUGUGUGUGUGUGUGUUCUGGCAAUGCUUACUUAAUGGGGACAUCACUCUGUUUACACAGUCACCUUAAAGGUCUACUGAAACCCAUUACUACCGACCACGCAGUCUGAUAGUUUAUAUAUCAAUGAUGAAAUCUUAAAGGGGAACAUUAUCACCAGACCUAUGUAAGCGUCAAUAUAUACCUUGAUGUUGCAGAAAAAAGACCAUAUAUUGUUUUAACCGAUUUCCGAACUCUAAAUGGGUGAAUUUUGGCGAAUUAAACGCCUUUCUAAUAUUCGCUCUUGGAGCAUCGGGAAGCAAUCCGGCAUUUUCUCAAACACCGAGUCAAAUCAGCUCUGUUAUUUUCCGUUUUUUUCGACUGUUUUCCGUAACCUUGGAGACAUCAUGCCUCGUCGGUGUGUUGUCGGAGGGUGUAACAACACGAACAGGGACGGAUUCAAGUUGCACCAGUGGCCCAAAGAUGCGAAAGCGGCAAGAAAUUGGACGUUUAUUCCGCACACUUUACCGACGAAAGCUAUGCUACGACAGAGAUGGCAAGAAUGUGUGGAUAUCCUGCGACACUCAAAGCAGAUGCAUUUCCAACGAUAAAGUCAAAGAAAUCUGCCGCCAGACCCCCAUUGAAUCUGCCGGAGUGUGUGAGCAAUUCAGGGACAAAGGACCUCGGUAGCACGGCAAGCAAUGGCGGCAGUUUGUUCCCGCAGACGAGCGAGCUAAACCCCCUAUCGACCCUAGCUUCCCUGGCCUGCUGACAUCAACUCCAAAACUGGACAGAUCAGCUUUCAGGAAAAAGCGCGGAUGAGGGUAUGUCUACAGAAUAUAUUAAUUGAUGAAAAUUGGGCUGUCUCCACUCUCAAAGUGCAUGUUGUUGCCAAAUGUAUUUCAUAUGCUGUAAACCUAGUUCAUAGUUGUUAGUUUCCUUUAAUGCCAAACAAACACAUACCAAUCGUUGGUUAGAAGGCGAUCGCCGAAUUCGUCCUCGCUUUCUCCCGUGUCGCUGGCUGUCGAGUCGUUUUCGUCGGUUUCACUUGCAAACCGAUAUGGCUUAAUAGCUUCAGUUUCUUCUUCAAUUUCGUUUUCGCUACCUGCCUCCACACUACAACCAUUCGUAUCAAUACAUGCAUAAUC